AACACUAUCUCCAGCAAUGAAACUGUACUCCGUCUCGGAUGGCCCACCGUCCCUGGCGUGUCGCCAGGCCCUGAAGGCUCUGAACAUCGAUUACGAGCUCGUCGACGUUGAUUAUGGAAAGGGCGAGCACAUGACCGAGCAAUACGCCCAGCUGAAUCCGCAAAAGGAAAUCCCAACGCUUGUGGAUGGGGAUCUAAUUAUGGGUGAGAGUAAUGCUAUUCUGCAAUACCUAGGGGACAAGUACGAUGUUUCCGGAAAACUAUAUCCGAAAGAUCCGAAAGCUCGAGCUAUCGUUAACCAUCGAUUGUGCUUCAAUAUGGCGAUGUAUUAUCGAAAUAUUUCGGAAUACGUUAUGGCUCCUAUAUUUUUUGCCUACGAGAGAACUCCCCUAGGUCUCAAGAAACUUAAGAUGUCUCUUGAUGUGUUUGAAACUUACAUGAAGACUUCCAAGUCUAAAUAUGCAGCUGGAGGUCAACUUACGAUUGCUGAUUUUCCUCUGAAUACUGCAACAAUGUGCCUGGAGGCCAUCGGGUUCUCGUUGUCUCCGUGGCCUCACGUGGAAAUGUGGUACAAUAAUUUCAAGGUCAAUCAUCCGGAGCUCUGGGAGAUAUCCGCUGGGGGGAUGAAGGAAAUUAGCUUUUUCGAGAAGAAUCCACCUGAUUUGUCCCACAUGGACCACCCAAUCCACCCCAUUCGCAAAAUCCAGAAAUGAAACAUGAAUCGAUAGUAUAGUCAAAUGAAUAAGCUUCACUGUUAGUUCACUCGACAUGUAUUCUCACAAAAUAUCUUUCUCCAUAUCACAUAAAUUACAACACCAUGUUUUAUUAA